GUGACAGGCAGUACGAAUGUGGCCGGGACAAUUUAAAGUGUUUGUUUCAGACCAGACCUUACUCUUUAUAAUAUAUUAUAGUUAAAUGUAAACUAUAAUAUAUUAGUUUGAAAGGUACACGUCGUAGCGCUCAAGUUGAAGAACCUGUGACAUAUUUGAUUAUCUUACCUUUCUAAGGUCCAGCUCAACAAAUUCAUCUAAUGACUAACCUAGCGGACUAGAUUCAGGGAAUAGUUUUUCCUUUCAGUCCUUUUGCUUUUCCUGUCUGGACCACGGUUUUGACUGGUUAGUUCGCUGUUGGAAUGAAGAAAGCAAAGACUAUUAAGUCAAUCCUUAGCACAUAGUUUCGACCAGGAGAAAAGCUACCAUUUGGACUUUUGUCUGUGAAACUGGAACAGGCUUCACAUGUUCUACGUUAUUGGACGUUCAUGGAAGUUAAGGUCUUCCAUUCUUCGCGAGCUAAAAGUGAGCAAAAAUAAGGCUGAGAAAGCUUAAAACCUACUGAAGAUUGAAACACCACUGGAAAGAUGGAUUCUGGUGUUGGAACUAAAGAUGUGCAGGCAGAGUUGGACUUGGUGGAGGCUGAGUUGGAGCAAGUGGAGCUUCAGGUUGCAGAGCUGCUGGAGAAGCAGGCCCAGCUGACAUCUCGCAAGAGCACUCUGCUGCUGCAGCUGGAGGAGGCCUGCGACGCCAUUGGUUCCUCGUCCUCUACGACCUCAGUUCCCGAGUGGACGAUAAGCAGGCAGGUGCUGCAGCGCUAUGAUGGCUCAGAUUUCCCCUGGUCCAAAGAGGUGGAACAGCAUCUGAAAAGCUCCUUUGGUCUUUCUAAGUUCAGACCUUUGCAGCUCAGAGCUGUCAACCUAACCAUGGCAGGCAACGAUGUGUUUCUGGUCAUGCCUACAGGAAGAGGAAAAAGUCUCUGCUUCCAGUUGCCUGCAGUCUGCUCCAAGGGUUUCACAUUGGUUAUCACACCACUUGUGUCUCUGAUGGAGGACCAGAUCAUGCACCUGAAGUCUGUUGGUAUUCCUGCAGUCAUGCUGAAUGCAUCGAGCAGUAAGGAGCAUUCCAAGCUCAUCAUGGCUGGAAUGACAGAUGUGAAAGUCCCCUUCAAGAUGGUGUAUGUAACUCCAGAGAAGGUUGCUAAGAGCAAGCUGCUGAUGUCUCGCCUGGAGAAAGCCUAUAAGGCCAAGCUGCUGAGUCGUAUAGUUGUGGAUGAGGUGCACUGCUGCAGCCAGUGGGGACACGACUUCAGACCAGAUUAUAAACUCCUGGGUAUCUUAAAGAGACAGUUUCCGUCUGUGCCUCUCUUUGGCCUCACAGCCACAGCAACCAGUAGUGUCCUCAAGGACUGUGAGAAGAUACUGUGUGUGGAACACCCAGUCACUAUCACUGCCUCUUUCAAUCGAACUAAUCUCUUUUAUGAGGUUCGCAAUAAAGACUCUGAUAGUGAUGCUUUAAUGAGCGACAUUACCUCUCUAAUUAAAGGCAAAUACAAGAACCAGUCAGGCAUUGUGUAUGUGUUCUCUCAGAAGGAUGCUGAGAUGGUGUCUUCUGAACUAAAAAAACGUGACAUCUUGGCAUAUCCUUAUCACGCCAAUAUGGACCCAGAAGACAAGUCGCAAGUUCACUGUAGAUGGACCUCAAACAAAAUCCAGGUUGUGGUUGCCACGGUGGCGUUUGGCAUGGGCAUUGACAAACCAGAUGUCAGGUUUGUUAUCCACCACACCAUGAGCAAGUCCGUUGAGAACUACUACCAAGAGAGUGGGCGUGCAGGUCGAGAUGAUCUUCCAGCAGACUGCAUCAUAUAUUUUGGCUUUGCUGAUAUCUUCAGGAUCAGCACCAUGGUGGUUAUGGAGAAUGCCGGCUACCAGAAGCUGCUGCAAAUGGUUGCCUACUGCCAGAAUGUUGACAGGUGUCGUCGCUCUCUCAUGGCUGUCCACUUUGAUGAGGUGUGGGACAAUGAAAGAUGUAACCAAAUGUGUGAUACAUGCCGCCAUAAAAAAGGCUACACUAGUAUGGACAUUACACAGCAUGCAAGACAAGUGGUGCUAAUUAUAGAGCAAGCAGAGUCCAUGAAUAAAAAAGUGACCCCACUAAAGAUGGUGGAGACAUGGAUGGGGAGGGGCCCAGCCAAGCUCAGGAAGAUGAUCCAGACCACUGCUCUGUCUCGGCUGCAGGCUGAAGCUGUGAUCGUCUCUUUGCUUCUUCAGGGAUACCUCAGAGAGGAUUACAGCUUCACCCCAUAUACCACCUACUUCUAUAUGAAACUCGGCCGCAAAGCUCCUCUGCUAAAGAAGGAGACUCACACAAUCAACAUGAACAUGUGGCCAGCUGGAGACGGACCUUCUGUGGUAAAACCUGCAACUGGCAAGGGAAAAUCCAAAGAGGAAAAGAGAUCAGUUCAAAGCUCUGGAGACUCCCAUGUGUCCAAGAAAGUCAAGACAAGGCUUUCCUAGUCCCCUCAACCCCUACAAACCCAGAAGACAAGUCAAUAAAGACAAAUCGGACAAGUCAGUGAAGAAGAGGUCUGUAUCAGCCCUGAUCCCCCUGCCAUUAUGAACAGAUGUCCCUCACAAAAAAAAACAGAAGCUCAGGAAACAAGAGCUAAAACAAUCCAGACAGCUAGAGGGAGCACAAAAGCAGCCUGCUCACAGAUGGAUAAGAUGAGGCCAUUCAUGUCCUCCUGUCCUGUAGAAAUUAAUGUGAAUGCAAGUGAUGGACCAAAUCUCAAAGACCAAAUUAAAUCUGUUUCCAAGUCAAACUCAGCUGGCUCUUGGAGGGCAAGAAGAAAACAAUGUGAAAACCUCAGAGAAUCAUGGAAUUUUCAAAGAUACAGACUGUCCAACUCUCUCUCCUAGGUUUCAGUCAUAUCUGAAGCUGCAGGUGAGGAGCUCUGUGAUCUCAAGAGCUACUACAGCAAGCAGCUCAAGAAAAUAAAUUACAUUUCCCAUGAGCACCUACCCACUCAACCCCCGCCCCCUAACCUGGGGUUCUAUCAUGUAUCAGGGACAGAGUUUGUGGACAUGAGUCAGCAUGUCCACAAACCGGAGAAAACUGCUCCAUCACUGACAAUAGAACUUUCUGUUGCAAUUGUUUGGUUCUUUGUAUCUCUAUAUUUGUUUUGACAAUAGUUUUCAUUAGUAAGGCAAACUUCAGAAAAGCAUUUCACUUAAGUUUCUUGAGUAGAGUAAAUCAAUGCUGUCAUAGGAACAAACUCCUUCACCUUCUUGCCUGAGAAUAGAAGAACAUUUAAUUUAAUUUGUAGACCACAUUCUGAUAUGGUGGUCCCCGUUUGAAGCUGGCAUCUCGACAGUCAUGAAGAGUACAUGAGCUGCAAAUUACACAGCUUCUGUAACUUUAGGCUUAUUGUUUCUUUAGUUUCCAAAUUGAUUUGUAUCCUGUCACAUUUCACUGAGGUUUUUAAAAUGAAAUUUUCAUUGAUGUAAUAAAAGAUUUAAGAAAACUUU